GGACUGGUACAAAGCCAGUGCGACCGAGCAGAAGGAGAGAGAAGGGGAAGGAGGGAGGGGAGGGCAAGAGGGAAUUAAAUGCAAAAAAGACCGACGGAGAGGAAAAAAAAAAGGGUGAAAAGGAUGCACAAGAGCUGCAUCAGUUCUUGUCCGCAAGGAACAAAAAACAUUGUGUUCGUGAAUGGGAGCUGGUGAGCUCAGGCACAAGGCGAGUGCAAUGAGAAACCAGGCAGACUUCAGCCGCUGGUGUAGCUGAGCACCAAUCCUCUCUGCCUCUGUUUCCCUCUCUCUCUCUGUCUGUGUCUGCCUCUGCCAGCUGAGGACUGAGCCCAGCAAUGAUUUAAGGGGAAGGGCUCAGGGCUUCUGAUUAGGAUUUUUGGUGGUUUAAUGUUUUAGGAGUAUGCUGCUGGAGAGGAUUUGAGCGUGCUGUUUUUUUCUGAUUGAACACAGUGUGCGACGUGGAGACUCCUCUCGCUGCUGCUCUCAGAGCUGCUCCCCUCCCUGCUGCCUGUGGCUGUGUUUUGGGCUAUGGUCCUGACUGAGAGGCAAGAGCAUCACCCAGAUGCGGGGCUGCGACUGUAUGGGAGGUUAAGCCUGUAAACACCACCAUGGGAGCCAAACAGAUGAAAUGUCUCAGCUCAGCCAGCCCUGCUCACUCCCCCAAAGAGGAGUAUGUUAUCACCCAGUCCACUGACACCCCUAAAGAGGAGACAGUCCAUGAUCAGUCUGAGGACCAGGGGGAACCUCGGGAUGACAAAUCUGAGCUGACAGAGAAGAAGUCUGUCACAGAGGAGGUGUCUCUGUGCGGAUUGUGUCCCUCCCUCGGGCAUGAUGUGCAGGAGGAAGAGAAGUCCUGGGAGGAGCAGCUGGACGCCCACCAGGAGCAGCUGGAGAAAGAGAUGCAGGAGGCCAGGAGGAUGGUGUUCCGCCUACAGGCUUUGCUGCUCCAUGGCUCCCUCCCCGAGGAGGACCAGGAUGGAUCUGUGAGCUUCGGAGAUAACCGGGCCAAUGCUGAACAGCAGCUGGUCCUAAUCCGCAGUCGCCUGGACCAAAGCACGGAGGAAGCCCUUGAUCUCAAGAGGGAACUCAUGAGGCACAAACAGGAGGCACGCCACCUUCAGGCCAUCAAGGAUGCUCUGCAGCAGCGCCAGGCAGUGCAGGAGGAUGCUGUGCUGCAGCUAAAGCAGGAACUACUGAGGUGCAACAUGGCCAAGGAUCAGCUGGAAGGGGAAAAUGCAGAGCUCAAACAUAAGUUGAGCGAACGGAACAAAUUGCUCAGUGAAUACGAGCAGCAAAUCGGGCGGAAGGACCGAAUACUGCAGCAGCAACAGCAGAAGAUCGAUGAAGUGCAGCAUAAAGCGCAUGAAGUCGGCCUAGGACGGUCGUUCAGGAGUGACAACAGUGGUUACAGUAACUCGGUGGCUUCCACAGCUCCGGCAGUAUUCCAGCACCGUGCACCGGGGGAAGAGCUGCAGCUGGUCAGGGAGGCACUGCGCAGUUUGAGGGACAGCUUCUCUGGCCAUGACCCCCAACAUCACACCCUGGACACCCUGGAGCAGGGCGUGUCCAGCCUCAUGGACCGAUUACACUCAAUGGACGCCCAACGCAGACAGGACAGAGGGGAGGAAUUUAAAUCUCCAGGACGCAGAGCUAACUCGACAGACCGUGACUCCUGGCCACAGAGCUCAAAAAUGGCCCACUCACACAGCAGCCCGGGAUUGGACACCGCCGUCUCCACUAAAGUGCUCUACUUCACCGAUCGCUCGCUCACUCCGUUUUUGAUUAACAUCCCAAAAAGGCUGGGCGAGGUGACGCUGCGAGACUUCAAGGCAGCCGUGGACAGACAAGGCAGUUUCAGAUACCACUUCAAGGCCCUCGACCCCGAGUUUGGCACAGUGAAAGAGGAGGUAUUCCAGGACGGAGCAGUCGUGCCUGGCUGGGAGGGGAAGAUUGUGGCGUGGGUAGAGGAGGACCACGGAGAGAGGAGGUAGAGCCUGAAAACCAGAGAUCACCACUACAAACCUCAGUUGUUCCCACUGGACCAGGAUUCCACUGCAAAAUACUUGUGAUGCCAUAAUAAGAGAGAAGUUAUAACACAGUUAACUGGGACCAAUGGAUUUAACACAUUUCGAUACAAAACACGAUUUAAAAAGUGAAUGUUUCAUAUGAAGAGUUUGUCUUUACAUUUGGGUACCACUUCUUUUUUGAAGGAUUGGAUAUCAGGCAUUGUUUGCAGCUCAUAAAUUAAUAGGCGGGACUACGGAUUAAUGGUCAGUAAUGAUUUAAUACUUGAAAGAAAGUUAAUUUACAUUAAAUAACUCGUCCUAAGCUGUGAUCACUGCAUAGUAUUCAGACCUUAAAAGAUGUUUACCGACAUUUUUUCACACGUUCCAGAUUGCCAAAUAGUGAUGUUGUUGUUCCGCAUCAGUUUGAAUGUUUUAAUAAACAUGAAUUAUUGCAUGGA